GAAAACACCAAGCGACAAAGACAGUAUGCCUCACUCCUUCGGUUACCGCGCCCGCACCAGGUACCUCUUCCAGCGUGGAUUCCGCCAGCAUGGACAGAUCCGCUUGUCGACCUACAUGAAGACCUACAAGGUCGGAGACAUCGUUGACAUUGUCGUGAACGGUGCCGUCCAGAAGGGUAUGCCCCACAAGUACUACCACGGUAAGACUGGUAUCGUCUACAACGUCACCAAGUCCUCCGUCGGUGUUAUCUGCUACAAGGUUGUCGGCAACCGCUACAUGGAGAAGCGUGUCAACAUCCGCGUUGAGCACGUCAAGCACUCCCGUUCCCGCGAGGACUUCAUCAAGCGUGUCAAGUUGAACGCUGAGAAGAAGAAGACCGCCAACGGCGAGUUCGUUCAGCUCAAGCGUCUCCCUGCUCAGCCCCGUGAGGCCCGCCUCGUCAAGACCGCUGAGAACGCCCCCGAGACUAUCUACGCCCAGCCCUACGAGACCUUCAUCUAAGCGAAUCGCCAAUUUUGCGGGUUCAUCUGGAGUUUGGUUUUUUGUUAUGUUAUU